UUCACUGAAAAAAAGAGCCAUAUAUUCAUGCAGGAAUCCAUAAAGACAUACUCUUCAGAUAUACACAGGUGGCGGCCUGACAUUUACAGCUAAAAAGAAGUGAAACAUCCAAAUGUCUCUAGUUCAAUAUGCAACAUAGUCAACAGAAACUGAACCUUGCUUGUUGGCUGUACUACCUUUUUUAGCAGACCAAGUGUUACAUGGUGUAUGUGAAGAUACUCUAUCAUUGGAAUGGACUUAUAGGAUCAUACAAGUGCUCUGAUGUUGCUUUUUAAAUGUAUUGUGCUUUGUUUACGUAGGUUUUCAUGCUGCAAUAGAUGAAGCAUAAAUUAUUCUUUCUCAAGCUUCCAAGAUAGACAAGUGAAAGUCAGGCUUGCAAGAUUGUCAUGUUUUUUUCUUUCAUGCUGCUAUGAGAAACUCAAUGUAUGAAUUUUUGAGUUCAUCUUUAGUUCAAAGCUAUUAUAGACUUUUACAACACCAACUGAUAUGAGGUAUUCCUCCUGUUUCUGGAAACUAAUAGUAGCAUGCAUUUUAAAAUGACAGAUUCAAUCAUCAUCUAAUUAGUAGUAUUGUCAGGGCAGUGGCGUCAUCAUGCUACUUUUCAUAAUGGACAGCUGGUCAGGUGAUUUGAAGGGAAGAUGGAUGGAGCUAAAUGCAAGCCUAUCCUGUAAGAAAACUUGAAACUGGAAAGAGAUCAACUUUCCAGAUGAACAACUCCCUAGACAUACAGCCAGAACAGUAAUGGUGUUAAGAUCAAUGUUUAAGAAUAGACAAGUCAAACCCCUCCUAUCGUUGGAUGUGCAAAGCUGAUAGAGAGUAACGAAAACACAUGCAGCUCCAACUGCAGAAAUGGGAGGUUCUACUAAAUAAUUUACUCAGUGGGACUGAAUCCAUAUACAUGGCCUAUUUCUUUUAGCUUUCAGAAACCCAUCCUCUCUUUCCUCAAAACAAUUGUGCAAAAAUAAAAUCCCAAUACAUAACAUUAAUUUGUGUGGUUGUUACAUGACAACAUUUGAAUGGGCCAAAGAACACUCUUGUGAAACUCUUUAUAAUGCAUAAUUAUUACACAUAAGCUAAGCCAGAAAAAAGCACAUGUCUCUCCUAACUACCUGUAUUUUGUUUGCAAGUUUUGAGCUCAGUAUUACCAGUUAGUCUCCGCCCCUCGUUUCUGUAGCUGUGUUGUCGGCCCAAAAACUUGAAGAUACGACACGACCUGGUGAAUUUUGGACUUCUGAUUAUUAAAAGUUAGAACUUUAAAAGGGAUCUGUAACUCAAGAUGUCUAAAAGCGAGACAGAAGAGUUGAUAGAGAUCGAGAUCGAUGAACGGGAGAAACAGGCAUGCCUAGAGGAAGGCAUUGAGGAACAGACCAUCACAGCUUCUGAUUUGAUUCAACAAGAUAUUGACAUCAAUGAGCCCAUUGGCAAUCUGAAGAAGCUUUUGGAGCCUCGCGUCCAAUUCUGUCUGGAUGGAUUUGACAUCUGCUUACAAGACAUUCAGCUUCACCCGGAUCACAGCCUCUUCGAUCAGGGGGUAAAGACGGACGGCACAGUGCAGCUCAGCCUGCAGAUCGUUGCCAAACCAGGGGAGGAGAAGCUGAACAUCCUGGAAAUAGUGAAGCCGGUAGAAACAGUAGAAGUUGUGAUUGACCCGGAUGCGGCUGGAGAAGAUGGGGCGUUGGUGGAGGAGGGACAGCUCAUCGCAGUAGAGCGGUCCUCCCUGUCCGAUGAGACAUCGGAGCAGGUGACACGCUGGGCUGCAGCGUUGGAAGGUUACCGCAAGGAGCAGGUUCGGCUUGGAAUACCGUAUGAUCCUUUGCUCUGGACAGCUGACCAGGUGAUCCACUGGGCUGUGUGGGUCAUGAAGGAAUUCAACAUCGAUGAGAUGGAGAUCGGCAGCAUCCACAUCCCCGGCCGAGAGCUCUGCAGCUUCAACCAAGAGGAGUUCCUUCAGAAAGUGCCAAACGGAGAGAUACUGUGGAGCCACCUGGAGCUGCUGCGCAAAUACGUGUUGGCCAGUCAGGACCAGUCAGGCGGGGACGCCACUGUCACUAUAGAUCAACCUGUUCAGAUAAUUCCAGCUCAAGUGAGCACGCCCACUGCUAUAAAAGUACUGAAACAUAACCGGGGCCCCAGAGCGCCCAGAAUUUCAGGAGAGGAGCGCAGUUCCCCCGGCAACCGCACAGGUAACAACGGUCAAAUCCAGCUGUGGCAGUUCCUGCUGGAGCUUCUGACGGACAAAGACGCAAGAGACUGCAUUUCCUGGGUCGGAGAGGAGGGAGAGUUCAAGCUGAACCAGCCGGAGCUUGUGGCGCAGAAAUGGGGCCAGCGCAAAAACAAGCCGACGAUGAACUACGAGAAGCUCAGCAGAGCCCUGAGGUACUACUACGACGGGGACAUGAUCAGCAAAGUGCAGGGCAAGCGCUUCGUCUACAAGUUUGUGUGCGACUUGAGGACUCUGAUUGGCUAUAGCGCCGCCGAGCUCAACAACCUGGUGACAGAGUGCGAGCAGAAGAAACUGGCUCGCAUUCAGAUGCACGGCCUCGGACAGCCCAUCACCACAGUCACGCUGGCCACCACACUAGACAAGGACAGCUGAAGGAGGCUGCGGUACUGGCUGGAAAUCAUGCGUCCCUUUAUACACAAAGCUGAUCCCCGAUCAGUGUGGAUUAAAAACUUUGUUGUAUAUACAGUUAAAUUCAGCUUAGACUGAAGCAGGUGAUGUUUUUUUUUAGCUUUUUACUAACUCUACCCAACAGAGGCGAGCUCAGGAUGAGGAAAGAAUGUGUUUAUAAUUACAGAUUGUCGUGUGCAUGGCUGAAUGAGUGACUGAAACUGCUAUUAGAGGCUUGGUGUUGUGCGCUCUUUGUCUGUAAUCCACUGUAUAUACAAAUAUGUCAUGUUUUUUGAUAGCCAAGAAGGCAAGUGUAUUUUCAUAAGACUCAUUUUGUAUUUUAUUUAGUGCGUUUCCAUGAAGUGCUGGACCAUUUUUUGUCCACUAGGUGGGGAUAAAGUGAAAAACAUUUUCUAUCAACUUUGUGUGAACUGUAAAUCUUUUCCAGAUAAGCCCACCCCCACUUAUGCCCCACAAAAGAAAAAUAAAACAGCCAGUCAUAUGUACAUUCAAAAUUUAUUUAUGGAAUGGGGGAGUGUAGAAAGCUUUUCUGACUUUAAGCAAAUGUUUCAAACCACACACAAAAGUAAGGUCACUAAAACAACGAAGGGGGGGGAAAGCAUUUAAUUAAACAUUCACCUGAUUUAAGAGCUUCA